UGUAAAUAUUAAAAUAUUUCAAAAUUAAAUUUAAAAGUUAAGCAUACAUAAAAAAAUUACCCACUGGUAAACUUUUCCCUAUUUAUUCCCACGUUUUCUUUAUACUUAUUAUGUAAUAAACAGUUCUGCUAUUGAAUAUUAUUAAUAGUAUUAAAAACUAUCAAUAGUUUACACAAAUAAAAAUGGCCACUUCUAGAUUAGAAAUAGAUGUCAAAAGACUAUUGUCAGUUUGUGAAGAAAUGGCUCAAAAUAAUUCAUCUGAUGAUUGGCGAUUGAGCAAAUAUAUAGAAGCUGUCAGUGAAAUGAUUGCAGAAUUAAUUAAAAAAAGUGAUCCUGACAAAGAUGCAAUUAACCAGUACACAAAACGAAUGGAGUUUCUUAAAGGAUUUUUGAAUACCAAAGACAUCGAAAAUCCAGAAAAGAAAUUAGUUGCACUGGAAAUGUUGGAACCUGUACAGGUGUCAAAUAGCCGUUCAAAAGAUAUUAAGCAAAAGUAUAAAGUUACUUAUACAAACCAAUUGAGAGAUGAACUCCUUGGAAAUGAUACAAAUGAAUUCAGAUCAUCUAGGCAACCAGAUGUAGAUAGUAAUGAUAAUUUGGAUGAACUAUUGAGACAUCAUCAAAAUAAACAGGAAUCUAUCGCUGAAGAAUUAUUAGCAAUAACUCGUGGUUUACGAGAACAUUCGGAACUUGCUGGAAAAAUAAUUAAAAAAGACAUUGAAAUUUUAGAAAAAUCAUCAAAAGGUAUGGAUUCUAAUUUUGAAAAUUUAAAAAGAGAAGAACAGAGAUUAACAGAGUUUGUAAGAAAAAGCACUUGGAGGUGUUGGAUUUGGGUUUUAGCUGUUGCUAUGGUUGCAAUUUUUAUAAAAAUGAUUUUAUUUAUCAAAGUGACAAAAAAAAGUUAGUGAAAUUGUGAAAUUGAAUUUCUUGUGCACAUUUAAGUUAUGUAAUAUUGUAAUCUACAUAACAUUUAUAUUAUUUAUUCCCAUAUUAUUUUUGUUAAAAAU